UUCAGAAUGGGAUGAUGAAAUGAGCAUCAUUUUUCGACUCAUAUCUUAAAAUGUGCAGCUUCCAAAUUUGAAUCCAGGGAGUAUUCUAAUUCUAAAAGGAUACUAAAUUGCUUUGAACUUACCGUAUUACCUACUGUCCUUUAUGAAGUUAAGGUACAUACAUCUGAUAAUAUUAGACAAUAUUUAAAAUAAUUAGUAAAUGUAUUAUUAUGAUUAAUAAAAUAAAUGUUAGCCCUUAUAUAUAUUUGUAACAUACCAGCAGCAACUUCUGACCUGUUCAAAGCCUUCAUUCUCUAUUACAUAACAUUCGUAUUUCUUUAUACCAAGCCUCUAUUUUUGAUACCCGGAUUAUAAAUCGUAUCCUCAAUUUAAAGUAAUGAUAGGGUCAAGACCGAUUGUGAAGUUUACAAUUGGAGCAGUUGUUUUUGAAUGGCGGGAGGUCCACACGAACGGUGGGGCAGUCAGCUCGAAUAUCUGUUGUCAUGUCUCGGCUACGCAGUCGGUAUAGGAAAUCUUUGGAGAUUUCCAUAUUUGUGUUAUAGAAAUGGCGGCGGUGCAUUUUUAAUUCCGUACUUCUUGACCUUGUUUAUAUGUGGCAUUCCAUUAGUUUAUUUAGAAACCACAUUAGGUCAAUUUGCUAGUGCAGGAUGUAUCUCCAUUUUCAAUAUAAAUCCAUUAUUCAAAGGGGCAGGUUAUGCUGUUAUUAUUCUAAAUGUAAUAGCAAUAACCUAUUUUGCUGCUAUUAUGUCGUAUCCUGUUCUGUACAUAUAUCAUUCAUUUAGCUCACCGCUACCGUGGCAAACAUGUGACAAUUCAUGGAAUACGGACAAAUGUACCGAGAUAUCUGGUAAUUCGAGUUUUUUUACUUCGAAUGGAACAAUUACGACACCAGAAGAUGAAUUCUUUCAUAUACGACUAUUGCAAAUGUCUUCCGAUAUUAAUCACAUCGGUGGUAUAGUGUGGCCAGUAUUUUGGUGCAAUGUUCUCUGUUGGCUGAUCGUUUACCUCUGCAUCUGUAACGGAGUCAAGAGCGUCGGGAAGAUAGUGUACUUCACAGUUUUCUUUCCGUAUGUGGUUUUAUGUGCACUGCUUAUACGUGGAGUGACAUUACCGGGCGCAUGGAAAGGCAUAUUGUUUUAUAUUUUACCAGACUGGCAGCAGCUAAAGAAUCCAAAGGUUUGGGCAGAUGCGGCAACUCAGAUAUUUUACUCCCUUGGGCCUGGUUGGGGUGGCCUCGUCAGCAUGGCUAGUUUUAACCAAUUCAAUUAUAACAACAUAAGAUCAUCAGUGAUUAUACCGCUGGUAAACAGCGGUACAAGUAUAUGGGCAGGAUUUGUGGUGUUCUCGGUACUUGGUUUUGCUGCUGAACGGGCUGGCGUACCGGUCGGACAGGUAGCCACUGCGGGACCCGGUCUAGCUUUUGUGACGUACCCAGCAGCUGUCACGAUGAUGCCCGCUCCCAACUUCUGGGCUGUAACAUUCUUCGUUAUGUUGUUCUUCCUCGGGAUAGACUCAAUGUUUGUUACUAUAGAAGCAGUAAUUGCCGGUAUUUUGGACGAGUUUCCAAGUUUACGUACUCGGAAAAAGCUUAUCACACUACUUACUUGCUUAGUACUUUUCAGUAUUUCAAUUAUCUGCAAUACAGAGGGUGGACUUCACGUCAUAGGUCUGUUGGACACUCAUGUGGCUAUCGCCUGUGUGCCUCUAGUAUGUUUAUUGGAGCUCAUUGCCGCUGUAUAUACAUAUGGACCUCAGAAAUUAUCUAGAGAUGUCCUGUUCAUGACCGGGAAGCCACUACAUCGCCUUUGGAUUUUUAUGUGGAAGUAUACUGUACCAAUCAUACUGCUGAUAAUAAUGAUAUACUCAUUAAGAGAGGUCACCAGUCUAGGUGGAUGGUUGGUUGCGUUAUCAUCAGUAAUUCUAAUACCCAUACACGCAACUAAAGUACUUUACAAAGUAAAAGGAAACCUGUCACAGCGUCUACGAAAGAGUUGUCGUCCAUCCAGCGACUGGGGCCCGAUCGAACCAGACAUACGACAGAAAUGGAUCGCUCACAAACAGAAUAAUCAUACACUGCCUGCCGUGCAACUCGAUAAUGUGUCAAAUUUUAAAUAAAUUUAACUAU